CAACAACAACAAAAACAAACUGGCACUUGCUGGUGAAGAUCAGUGACGUUUGGCUUCUUCUCUUGUUCUAUCCACCCUUCCAUCGCAGAUGGUUUCUCUUACCAACUUUAUAAGAAGGAAGAUGUUGGAGAGCUAGCGGUGUAAGCCUGUGUGUGAAGGGAGACUACUCUGCUAACAGCACCAGGUGACCACAUGAGCGAGCCUAUGGUGUUCAGCGCUCAGAGAGAGGUACAACUACGCUUUCUCUGUCCGGAAGAUAUCGGUGAUGUGAAGAAGCUGUGUGCAGAGUGGUUUCCUAUUGACUAUCCAGACACCUGGUAUGAGGAUAUCACAUCUAACCCCAAGUUUUACUCUCUGGCAGCCACGUACCAUUCCAAGAUUAUUGGUAUAAUAGUGACUGAGGUGAAAGCCAAGCCAAAGAUUAACAAAGAGGAUGCAGACAUAUUGCCCAGCCAGUACCCAGCUACGGUGGAGGUGGCCUAUAUCCUCAGCCUCGGUGUGGUCAAUGAUUUCCGGAGACAUGGCAUUGCCUCUCUACUGCUGGACAGCCUACUGUCCUACCUAACCACCUCUGAGAGACACCACUGCAAAGCUGUGUACCUGCACGUCCUGUCAACCAACAACAUCGCCAUCAGGUUUUACGAGCGCCGUAACUUUCGACCUCACAGUUUCCUCCCAUAUUACUACUCUAUUGGUGGUAAACCUAAGGAUGGCUAUUCCUAUGUGCUGUACCUGAACGGAGGACAACCUCCAUGGUCUUUGCUUGAUUACAUCAGUCACUGUGGAUCUGUCCUGGCCAAGCUGCACCCAUGUGCUCUCCCUGUUCAUAUCAUGAGGACCAUCCAGGGUUGGCUGGGCCGCAUGCUCAUCAGCUCAGGGCCCACCUGUCACAAAUCCCAGUCAUGACAGUUUGUCAGUUAACUACCCAGGGGACAGACUUUGUCAUGUGCAGGUCUGUCGAGAAGACAGAAGACAGUGUCUUAUUUAUUACUAAUGGCAGUGUUGCCUGAACAAUGUGUCAAAUAGAGUGUAUGUAAAUUAAAUGUGAGUUGUAAUAUGUGUGUGUAUAAUGCUGGUACGGGUGUGUGUAUAAUGCUGGUAAGGAUGUGUGUAUAAUGCUGGUACGGGUGUGUGUAUAAUGCUGGUAAGGAUGUGUGUAAUGCAGGUAAGGGUGUGUGUAAUGCUGUUAAGGGGGUGUGGUAGUUGUGUCAGAUUCCAUGUCCAUGUAUCAUGACCACAGAAUCUGCAUUUACUUGUACAUGUAGCGUGACCCUACUUUAGACCACCUAGAAAACAGCAUAACAAACUUUGGCACUUGCUGUAGAACAGCUGUGGUUUACAGUAAAGCUACAGUGGUUUACUGUAGGAUUUCUGUGGUUUGCUGUAGGACUACAUGGAAUUACAGUAGGGUUACUGUAAUUUACUGUGGGACUACAGUAGGAUUUUGUGAAUACAGAUAUUGAGGAUUACUGCAGGAUACAUAUAUUGUUUUUUUAGUAGUGGAACAAAUACGGUUUACUGUAAAAGAUCUGUGUUUACAGGUAGGAUACAGCAGGGUUUCUAUAGAAGAAAGAGUGUUUACUGUAGGAUUACAUUGGUUACUGUAGGAUUACAGUGGGACUACAGUAGUUUACAGUAGGGCUAUGAUUGUCAUAUCGUAGGGAACCGAGGACUGUGGAGGGUAAUGUCGUUAUGGCUGUCAUGUCAUAGGGAACCGAGGACUGUGAAGGGGUAAUGUCGUUAUGGCUGUCAUAUCGUAGGGAACCGAGGACUGUGAAGGGGUAAUGUCGUUAUGGCUGUCAUAUCGUAGGGAACCGAGGACUGUGAAGGGGUAAUGUCGUUAUGGCUGUCAUAUCGUAGGGAACGAGGCCCAUGCUUCAAGGGCCACACAGAAUGGGUUGUCUGUGAACAGACUGUUAAAGUCAAACAAAUGGUCUGGUAUACAGUUAGUUCACAGGUUGAGUAUGCAUCAAUCCUCUGUUCACUGGAAAUUGGAUAAAUUACCACCUGAUGAAUUUAUUUACUUGUUUGUCAAUAGGCAUGUUACAGCCUCUUAUCAAAGAGUGUUUUGUGGUCUCAAAUCAUACAGAUCUUCUUUUGAUUUGAUAAUCUUGGGUUGAAAUUUGCUAUGUGGAUGCGAUAACAUUUGCUCUGUUUGGGAUGGCAGCUCUGUGUGUGUGGCAUGACAGCUAUGUCUGUGUGGGACGAUGGCACUGCAGUUUGCAUGGCACUAUUCUGUCAGAUGACAGCACAGUGUGUGUUUGGGAUCCCUAACCCUAAUAGUUUGUACUCAGGGAGGUAUACUUGAGGUACUGUACAUCUGAGGUGUAGCAUAUCUGAUCUUAAGUAUACUUGAGGUGUAUGUGAGAUGCACUGGAGGUGUAUCUGAGGAACUGCUAAUUAUACCACAUAAUACCUCAAGUACACCUAAAGUACACUUCAGUGAAGGUGUACCCUCGACAGACUUGGUAAAAAAUAUGAUGCCUAAGGUUUACCUGAGGUAUAGGCAAAGGUAUACCUGUACAUAGUAUUGGUAUAUGCUUAUAGACAAGGUGUAAUUCACUUUUAUUUUGAUAGAAAGCAAGCUCAAAACUUGUACAUAUUACAAUUGGCUGUAUAAAUUAUAGUCCAAGUUUUAAGUUUGUGAGUGCUUUGUAAGUAAAUCUCACCUGGUUUAGAACAACAGCACUGAUAUACAUUUUCAUGAGGCUUUCUAGCUCCUUGAUCAAAAUUUAGUGGCACUGUUUUUCUGUGCCAUUGAGAACUUUUCAAGUGCCCACAGAUGUGAUAAAUUCAGCACCUGAAGGCAUUAUCAGGGGGAAAUACAUUAAUGGUACACUUAUCUCAUAUGCCAAAACUGUUCAAACUUCCUGAGGUACAUGUGAUACCUCAUACCUGUAAAGGAUGAGUACUGUGUGCACAGUGCACCUGAGAUAAUAUAGAUGAGGUUGAUGCCUCAUAUACGCCUCAGCUACAUGUACAUGCGGUACUCAUCCUUUACAAAUAUGAGGUGUACACCUCAGUGUGAGAUAAUAGAACUGUGUGUUAGAGGUACUGCGUGGGGGAUGACAGUGCUGUGCGUGU